GCUUCCGGUAUUCCUGUUGCGGUAGUGGUCGGUGCCGACGACACAUAUGACAUGUGCCUCUGAAACGGAUGUAAAUUUCUGCUGAUGUGCUUAGUGUUUUAUUGAAUCUGUAGUGUGACCUUUAAAGGUCGAGUCUUUGGUAAAAGAUGGUGUUUUACUUUAAGAGCGCAGUUGUCGAACCACCCCAUACAAUCUACAUGGGAAAAGACAAAUAUGAAAAUGAAGAUCUUAUAAAGUAUGGAUGGCCUGAGGAUAUCUGGUUUCAUGUGGACAAGCUCUCAUCUGCCCACGUUUAUCUUAGAAUGCCUAAGGGUAAGACGAUAGAAGACAUGCCAAAAGAAGUCCUGAUCGACUGUGCUCAGCUGGUGAAAAACAACAGCAUUCAAGGUUGCAAAAUGAAUAAUAUCAAUGUUGUCUACACACCAUGGAGCAAUCUGAAAAAAACUGCAGACAUGGAUGUCGGGCAGAUAGGCUUUCAUCGACAGAAGGAGGUGAAAAUUGUGGCAGUAGAAAAGAAGAUCAAUGAAAUUGUCAACAGACUGGAGAAAACAAAAGAGGAACUUUAUCCAGAUCUUGCAGCUGAGAAAGAGAACCGGGACAGAGAAGAAAGGAACGAAAAGAAGCUUCAGUUACAAGAACAGAAAAAGAAAGAGAAGGAUGAAGUGAAGAAGAAAAAGGAGAUGGAGCAAUUAAGGAAUUAUACAUCACUCAUGAAAAGUGACAACAUGACCACAAAUGAGGAUGGUUAUGAUUCAGAUGACUUCAUGUAAAGGAAAUUGACCUGCGAUACAGAAGAAUCAGCAUUUUUCUUAACAGCAUCUUCAAGUUUGUCAGUGCACGAUACAGAGGCAUUGAAAAUAAAUAAACUAUCCGCCUGUAUUAAAAAAAGCUUUUGUGCCAAUACAGCACAAUGCCUGGACCUUUCUGGAUAAGUAAAUUACAAGAUUUAGUAGAUUGCUUGUUUAAAAAAGAAAUAAUUAGAAAGAUCCACUAAUCCUGUUAAUGUUAAACAAUUGUUGUUGGAGUUUUGAUACAGUAUAGUUUGAUGAUAAAGAUGUUCAUUGUGGAAAUGUCUUAUGGAUGUGUACAGUAAGAACUAAAGGUAUUUAUGCAUUUGAAUGUUAUACCUUACUGAAGUGAUGUAAUCGAAAACAAUUACACAAUUCUUUUUUUUUGUUAUAAAAUAAAUCUUUGAUUUUCUCAA